AUGACCAUCUCACCAAGCUUUGUUUCGCUGGUCGAUGAGGCAAAUAGACCUCUGUUCGUCUAUGUUACUCCAUCGGAGUCUGAAGAUGUCAAUCAAGUUUUGAAAUACAACGUUCUAUCGAACCUAUCACUGGACUAUUUUGAGAAUGAUUUAUUUGAUUGGAGCUCUCUGGAGACACAGCCGGAUAUCAAGGCAUUAUUCAACCUCGAAGGAGUUGCCGUGUAUGGAAUGAUAAUCAAGCAAACAGGCCUCAAAAUUAUUAUUGGGUUCUUGAUUAAAGAAAACAUUCAAGAGCUGAAUGAUGACGAGAUAAGUGAAGUCUUUAUGAAAGUCAAGAAAAUCUAUCUAAGGGCCAAACUUAACCCAUUUGUGGCGCCAAGCAGUUUUGAUGACUCGAAAGAGCUGUCAGCUAAACUUCAGAAAAAGUUUAGUGAGGAACUUUAA